ACUCGAGUGUAAAGUGCAAGCAAAUUCGCAAACUAAAACUUAAUUAACGUCAGAGAAGAUUGGCGAAAUGCCACAAGCUGGGUCAGAAAGUGAAGUUGUUGCUCUGCAACCGCAGUGCGGUGCCGCCCGUUUUGUUUACUAGUAUUUUGCUCAAAAUUAACAAAAGCGUUGCUUAUACAAUACAUAGACAAUUUGUUAAAGUUUUUUGUUUGCUACAGAACUUAAAUAAUGCAAUAAAAAAGGGAGUACUUUCCUGAUGCCUGCUAACAACAAAUUACAGCUAAAUUACAAUGUGCAGCAGCGCAUCAUUCGGUGCCAACGGAACAGCUAAAUUAAGUCAAUGAAUUAAAGCAACAACAAAGUGUUGAAUUAAAAACUGAAUGUCAAUGAAAAGGAAGCGCCACCAGCAAAAUUCAAAAAUGAAGCUUAAACACUGGCAUCUACAUAAAACUGGUUAAAUAAAAAUACUGAAGAGGGCAGAAAUUUUCGAAAAGGCAACAACCGCUGAACGGUAACGGUACUAAAAAUAGAAAACGACAAGGAAAAAAGCGCGAAAAUUUCCACUUUCCCCCCAAAAACCAACAAACACACAAAAAUCCAAGAGAAUAAAUAAUAGCCACAGCAGCCAAAAACAAUUUGAGGAGGGGUGGAGGCUGGUGAACACGAAAUUGGGUCAAAAGUUGAAUAGUUAUACGUAAACGCGUCGCCACACGUUACUCGCCGGCUAACCGACACCGACGCCGGCGCCGACGCAGUGCAUUGUGCAAAGGAUAAAAUGUUGAGCAAAACACAAAAGCUCAUUCUUGGCAUCAUUAUAUUGUUAUUGGUCGAUGUAAUUUGGGUAUCGUCUAGUGAACUCACAAAGUUUCUUUACGAAAAUGAAAAGUUCGAUAAGCCAUUCUUUUGCACUUACUUCAAGACUUCGAUGUUUGCAAUUUAUUUAGUUGUAAUCGGAUUGGUCACACCCUGGCGCGAGUCCUGUGAACGCCAAAAUGGCAAUUACACGGUUAUGGAUCAGGUUGUUGACGAUGAAAACUACUACGAAACCAAUCCCUCACUGAGUGAUCCCACAUUCAUCCCGAUACGUUCGAGUGGAGUCAUCUCCGGCACUGAGAGCGAUGAUUCCAGCAUACGUAGUGUGCGUUUUAGCAAAAUGGCCGAGGUGCGUGAAAUGUCCGCACACGAGGCGACCGAGGCGUUGAUGGCGCGUCUCUCGUAUGCGGCUAGCAUGCGCAUACGCCGACAGAAGUCACAUCACAAGACCGCCAAGACAGCAUUACUCUUUUGCGUGCUGUGGUUUAUAGCAAAUUAUUUUUUCCAACUAUCACUGGAUUUGGGGGAAACAGCCAUGGUGACUUUGCUCAGCUCUUCAUCUGCGCUUUUCACACUUGUGCUAGCUGCUUUUUUCCCCUCUACUGUGGGUGAUAAAUUUACAAUAACCAAAUUGAUUGCGGUCGCUAUGAAUAUUGGUGGAAUCGUUACAGUUACAAUUUUCGAUAUCCAUGAUGCAAGAUUUUCGCGUGGUGCUCUUUUAGCGCUAUUUAGCGCUUUCUUCUAUGCCGCUUAUUUAGUUUUUGUGAAGCGAAAAAGCGAUACUGAAGAAAAAAUCGACAUUCCACUCUUCUUUGGUUUUGUUGGUCUCUGGAAUCUUUUACUCAUGUGGCCAAUAUUCUUUAUUUUGAAUUUUCUAAAAAUUGAGCAAUUUGAGCUACCAAAUCAGAAUCAGUUCGCUAUAUUGUUUUUAAAUGGUCUAGUCGGUACUGUGAUCUCAGAAGCGCUUUGGUUAUGGGGCUGCUUUCUCACCUCUUCACUGAUUGGCACCAUUGCCAUGUCGCUACAAAUACCACUCUCCAUUGUCUUUGAUGUCGUUUUGAAGCGAAAACCAUACACGCCUAUGUUUUAUAUGGGUUCGAUACCCAUAUUUUUGGCGCUCAUAUUAGUGGCAUUAUUAAUGCGCAACGAUGACUCAGAUCCAUUAAUGAGGCUAUUCAAGAUCAUUUAUAGGAAAUUGUGUCGCUGUCGUACGCCAAAUAUAGUCAGAAUAAACGAUGAAGAACAGCAGGAAUCUCUAAUUGGCAGUAAUGACUGAACUUUCUUCCAAACAUUUUGCUCCCAUUAUAAAUAAGUGAAUAUGUUUGUGAAUAUAUAGUAACCACCUUUUACUUACUCCUCUUUUAAGCAGAAACGAUCGUUUUUUGAAAACGAUUCCAUUCUAAAUUGCUCACUCUGCAACACAUCAACAACUCUGGCUGUAUUUUCGAGUUCAAUUCGAACUAUUAUUUAGGGAAAAUGUAAAUCAUCGCACAAAUAGUCGCUUUCCCUAAAAUGUUGUGAAUAAUGUUUCCGCUGCGUGUGGUCCGAUGCUUGACACUAAUUUGCUUUUAAUUAAUAAAUGGAAAUACAUCAUUUUGGUUCCGUUUUGUAAAUAAACCUUCAUAAUUAAUUGUGAUAUUAACGAAGACGUAACUUUUGGAAAUUUGCUGUACUCAAUUAAAAUAAUUAUUUUUUAAUAUUGCAUAAUGAUGUGUGUAUUUUAAUUUAACGCUACUCAUCACUACAUAUGCUGUUUUAUUUUAUACACAAUACUUUUUUAAUAAAUAGGCGCUCAUUGUAUUUUUCAACAUUUAAAACUAGAUAAAUAAAUAUUUGAUUAAGUUCACUGCGAGUAAUCUCAUUAUGUAGACUUAAAAGUAUAGAAUUUUAACUGGAUUUAUACUGUGUAUAGUUGUAGCUUGUUAA